AUGGCACCAAAAGUCCUUCGCACUCGUUCGCAACUAUGCACAUUAGUUCCCAACUCCACUUCACCUUCCCCAGAACCCUCUCAGCCUGGUCCUAGUCGAUUGGCGAGAAACCCAGUUGAGUUUCGAAGCUUUUCUAACCUUGAAACCCCUCUCCCAUCGACUCCGAUCAUGCGCCCCAUUAGGAAUCGAUCACCAGUUGCAGACUCCGACUUCGGAGACACCACGGAACAACCCAUAGAUCCCGUCCACUUCUUUGGACUCGGUUCCGAGGUCCCCGACUUCGUCGAUCCUCCUGCUGAUCCUCCCAUCCCCACUGUCCCAACCACCGACGAUGCCGAACCCACCUCCAACUCAGUUGGCAUGCUCAGCUCAUCAAUUCCAGUGCGUUGGCCUGUGGUACCUCUAGGCCACUGGUAUUGCCUUGUGGUAGAUGAGGUUCAGGACCCGGAGUUGCUCUGGCUGGAAAAGUGCAGUGCACAAGGAGUCUACACAGCGCAUCAUGCGAGGAAGAGUGGGCGUUGUGAGCCACCGUCUAUGGAGCUGCUCUUUAAGCAUCUUGCUGAUCGUGAUGGAAUGGCUGAUAAGUUGCAUUCGGAGGGAAGAGCUUGUUCAUCAGAUAUGUAUGUCGGCUCGCUCCUUAAUUACACAUCCACAGUGGAUUUGCUAUACGUGGAUAUGGCAUUUAUGUGCAAGCAUGCUGAUAUUCCAGCUAUCAUCGGUACCGCACCUCCAAAGGCAAACAAGGCAAAUCAUCUUCACGUGUUCCUUCAAUACAAAAAGUAUCCCCCCCUUGUUCCCCAGUCCCCAUACCAACACCCUCCCCCCAACGAAAAUGAUUGUAUACAUCCUAUGCAAUGCAUCACGUUUUCAGCUGCCUGGCUACAAUCUAGAGUGUAUCAGGAGGCUUCCGAUACUGAACUCCAUCAUUUUGAGGUUCUUGUUGGUGCCCACUCUCUCCAGAGUCAAGGUCUGUUGAAAUUCUACAUGCCUAUGUGGCCAACGUCAGGCCCUAUGGAUGGUGUGAUUCGCCAUGUUGCAUGCUGGGCUCACAAAGAGAUGAUGAGGAAUGCUGAAGAACCACGUAUCAUCGAGUUGACGGAAAUGCUUCAAUAUCACCCUAAGGGUAAUAAUUGGCAAAUCGUGCUUGAACUGAAUCUUGGUAGGCCUUGCUACAUGAAGCACGUCUCCGAGCCAUGGACUCAUCUUAUUUGA